AUAAUAUGUAUGUAUCAGCGAAUGAAGAGAUCUUCACUCCACCACGCUGAACAAAUACCAUACCACACCAUUGUGGUGCAAUUCACAAGAAUCUCUAAUCUGUUGUUGUGCGCUACGUACGGAUCAUCAUCCAUGGCCAUGGAGAAGCUGCUCCACUCGACCACGUCCCGCACGUCCCUUCCGGACUGCUUCGUCUUCCCGGCCGACCAGGUCCCGCCGGCAACCUCCGCUGCCGUCUCUCUACCCGUCAUCGACAUGUCGUGCAGCCGAGACGAGGUUCGCCGUGCCAUGCUCGACGCCGGCAAAGACCUCGGUUUCUUCCAGGUGGUCAACCAUGGCAUCUCUGAGCAGGCGUUGCUGGAGAUGGCGGCGGUGGGCGAGGAGUUCUUCCGGCUGCCGGCGGAGGAGAAGUUGCCUUUUUACUCAGAGGACGCAAACAAGGCCACCCGGCUUUUCUCCGGCACCACCUACGAGACCGGCGGCGAGAAGUACUGGCGAGACUGCCUCCGCUUCGCCUACGACUUCGGCGCCGGUGAUCGCAUCAAGGACUGGCCCGACAAGCCCCGCAGGCUCCGGGAGGUUGCUGAGAACUUCACCGUUCUGACGAGAGGCUUGGCAAUGGACCUGCUGCGGCUACUGUGCGAGGGCCUGGGCCUCCAGCACGACUACUUCGAAGGGGACCUCACCGGCGGCGACGUGACCCUCGACAUCAACCACUACCCGCCAUGCCCUAACCCGAGCGUCACCCUCGGCCUGCCGCCGCACUGCGACCGGGACCUCAUCGCAGUGCUCCUCCCUGGCCCGGUCCCUGGCCUCGAGGUCGUCUACAAGGGCGAGUGGGUCAAGGUCGUCGCCGACCCGACCGUGCCGCACGCCCUGGUCGUCAACCUGGGCCAACAGCUCGAGGUUGUGACGAAUGGAGUUCUCAGGAGCAUCGAGCACCGAGUGAUGACCAACUCAGCCAUGGCGCGGACGUCUGUGGCGUUGUUCGUCGCGCCGACCGAAGAUUGUCUCGUCGGGCCUGCGGAGAAGUUCCUUAGUCAGGAGAAUCCGCCGUGCUACCGAACCCUCAAGUUUCACGAAUUCAAGCGCACUUACAAUGUCGUCAAAUUGGGAUCAUCCAUUAAUCAAAGAACUAAUCUUAGGAACACGCAAAAGGAGAUAUAAACUACUACUACAAUGCUCGUAUGAAGCGAAAAAUAAUGAGAAGAAAAAUAUAAUGUAUGUAUACAUUAUAUUUCCAGCUGAUGAUAUGAAAAAGCUUUUUGGUUGGCAUUUGUUUAAGGAUAAAUCAUUUUUAGUGAGAAUGUCCAAUAGAAAGCUGUUGCUCCUGCAA